CACACACACACACACACACACACACACACACACACACACACACACACGAGCCAUUGCCUUGUCAGCUAACCCCCUCUAGUGCCGAGCAUCCUGCACAGAUGCGCGCAGUCUCCUACUAUAGCCCCCGCUUCAUCUGCUCCGCCGCUGCAUCCCAAUCAUUUCUCUAUUCAUCGUCCCCAUCUCGCUGCUGCUGCUGCUGCGGACCGAGCUGGAGACAGCGAGCUGGGAGUCCGCGGCACGCUGCCGUGCCAAACAGAAUCUUCCCAAACUCUGUCACGACUCCGUGCGCGCUACGGAGGCGCGCCAGGUUGUGUUUUAUUGCAUCUUUGAAACAAUCCGAUAACGGCGACGGAAGUGCGCGGACAAUCUCCAAAGUUGUUAUGAGCAAAGUGUACCUCAUUUUGUCUGACAAUUUGAUUUCACUUUAGCAUUUUUCGCGACUUCAUCACAAACCUCUCCUUCCCGCGCCACGGCUGUCGGUGUCACCGGGCAAAGGAUGGACCGCGUCUUGUUCCGUCUCCCGGCAGCUCUCUCCAGUCGGGAUCAAAUGUAAAGACCAGGAGCAUUGAUUCGGUGCUUGUGGGGGAUCCAGGCCCGUGUUUUAUUAUUGUUACUUUCAAUCUGACCACAUUUCCUCUCGACUUGAACCCAAGAUAAAGCUGGCGAUAGAUGUUGCUGCAGACAUGAGUUUUGGAAACAGAUUUUACCUCGCGUUACUCUUUCUUGGAAUUGCCCUCACUCGCUUCAGCCACUGCAACCAAGUUGUGCUGCUGGAUACGACGUCGGUGCUCGGAGAGCUUGGAUGGAAGACAUAUCCUAUAAAUGGGUGGGACGCCAUCACAGAGAUGGACGAGCACAACCGACCCAUCCAUACGUUCCAGGUUUGCAACGUGAUGGAGCCCAACCAGAACAACUGGCUUCGCUCCAACUGGAUCGCUCGGCAGGCUGCCCAAAAGAUCUACGUGGAGCUUCGCUUCACUUUGCGCGAUUGCAACUCCAUACCCUGGGUAUCGGGCACCUGCAAGGAGACUUUCAACCUCUUCUACCAUGAGACUGACGAGGCCCACGGUGUCAAAUUCAAGCCCGUGCAAUACACCAAGAUCGACACCAUCGCUGCCGACGAGAGCUUCACUCAAAUGGACCUUGGAGAUCGCAUCCUCAAGCUCAACACGGAGGUCCGUGAAGUGGGACCCAUGACCAGGAAGGGCUUUUAUUUGGCAUUCCAGGACAUUGGCGCCUGCAUUGCUUUGGUUUCAGUGAGGGUUUACUAUAAGAAAUGCCCGUUCACGCUGAGGAACCUGGCCUCGUUUCCAGACACAGUACCUCGCGUGGACUCUUCCUCCCUGGUGGAAGUGAGGGGGGCUUGUAUUGACCACGCCGAAGAAAGAGACACGCCCAAACUGUUCUGCGGAGCUGACGGGGACUGGCUGGUUCCCCUAGGAAAAUGUGUCUGCAGCGUUGGGUAUGAAGAGAAUGAUGGUUCAUGUGCUGCAUGCCACCCAGGCUUCUACAAGGCAUAUGCUGGGAACGUCAAGUGUUCAAAGUGCCCUCCACAUAGUUUCAGCUAUGGAGAAGGGGCUACUAUUUGCCGCUGUGAGAAGGGCUUCUUCAGAGCUGAAAAAGAUCCUCCGACCAUGGCUUGCACACGCCCUCCAUCUCCUCCCCGCAAUUUGAUGUUUAACCUAAACGACACCUGUCUGUUGCUGGAGUGGUCGCCCCCCAGCGACACGGGGGGCCGCCGGGACCUCACCUACAACGUCCAGUGCAAACGCUGCGGCCCCGAGCCCAACCACUGCCAGCUCUGCGAGGAGGAGCUCCGUUUCGUGCCACGGCCGUUAGGCCUGACCAACGCCACCGUCACAGUCACGGACUUCUCUUCCCACGCCAACUACACUUUUGAGAUUGAGUCGCUUAACGGUGUGUCAGACAUGAGCUCCUUCCCACGCCAGGUAGCAUUCAUCACCGUCAGCACUGAUCAGGGUGGUCCAUCUCUGGUCGGGGCUUUAAAGAAGGACUGGGCUUCUCCAAACAGCAUCGCUCUCUCCUGGCAGCAACCCGAACAGACGGCACUUCCCGUCUUUGACUAUGAGGUCAAAUAUUAUGAAAAGGAGCACGAGCAGCUGAGCUACUCUUCGACACGCACCAAGGCCCCCAGUGUGAUUGUCUCAGGUUUGAAGCCUGCAACCUGGUACGUCUUCAGUGUGCGCAGCCGCACGCCAGCUGGAUACAGCUCCUACUCCCCUAAAUAUGAAUAUGAAACCACGGGAGACUCGUCGGACAUAGCCUCCGAUCAAGGCCAGGUGUUAGUCAUCGUCACGGCAGCAGUUGGCGGCUUUACUCUUCUCGUCAUCCUCACCCUCUUCCUCCUCAUCACUGGAAGGUGUCAGUGGUACUUUAAGGCCAAGAUGACCUCGGAGGAGAAAAGAAGGAUGAAUUAUCAGAAUGGACACGUUCCAUUUCCCGGAAUAAAGACGUAUGUGGAUCCUGACACAUAUGAAGAUCCCACACAGGCCGUCCACGAAUUCACCAAGGAGAUCGACCCAUCCAGGAUCCGCAUCGAGAGGGUGAUCGGAGCCGGUGAAUUCGGUGAGGUCUGCAGCGGUCGACUCAGAACGCCAGGGAAGAAGGAGAUUGCUGUGGCGAUAAAGACGCUGAAAGGAGGCUAUGUGGAGCGUCAGAGGAGGGACUUCCUACGCGAGGCGUCCAUCAUGGGCCAGUUUGACCACCCCAACAUCAUAAGGCUGGAAGGCGUAGUCACAAAAAGCAGGCCUGUGAUGAUCGUGGUGGAGUACAUGGAAAAUGGCUCGCUGGACUCAUUUCUGAGGCAACAUGACGGUCACUUCACUGUCAUCCAGUUGGUUGGCAUGCUCCGUGGCAUCGCCUCAGGCAUGAAGUAUCUGUCAGACAUGGGUUACGUCCACAGAGACCUGGCAGCCCGAAACAUCCUGGUCAACAGCAAUCUGGUGUGUAAAGUGUCAGACUUCGGCCUGUCCCGAGUUCUGGAGGACGACCCGGAGGCUGCUUACACCACAACGGGGGGUAAGAUACCAAUCCGAUGGACGGCUCCCGAGGCCAUCUCUUACAGGAAGUUCUCCUCGGCCAGUGACGCGUGGAGCUACGGCAUCGUCAUGUGGGAAGUGAUGUCAUACGGAGAACGGCCAUAUUGGGAGAUGUCCAAUCAGGAUGUGAUUCUGUCCAUUGAAGAGGGCUACCGGCUGCCUGCACCAAUGGGAUGCCCCGUGGCCCUGCACCAACUGAUGCUGCACUGCUGGCAGAAGGAGAGGAAUCAUCGACCCAAAUUUACAGAUGUCGUUUCCUUCUUGGACAAACUAAUUCGUAACCCCAGCAGCCUGCUGCCACUGGUAGAGGACCUUCAGAGCCUACCAGAAUCUCCAGGGGAGGAAAUGGAUUACCCAAUGUUCAUCUCUGUGGGUGACUGGCUGGACUCCAUCAAGAUGAGUCAGUACAAGAGUAAUUUUAUGGCGUCGGGCUACAACACAUUGGAUUCUGUGGCGAGGAUGAGUAUUGAAGAUGUGAGGCGUAUUGGCGUGGAACUGAUCGGCCACCAGAGGCGGAUCAUCAGCAGCAUACAGACCCUGCACCUUCAGCUACUGCACGAACAGGAGAAGGGUUUCCAUGUAUGAAGACGUCCUUUAACGCAACCUGGGAUGGACAGAUAGACGGGCCAGAGGGAAGCGAAGUCUAGACCGUAUGAUGGACAGUCUACAGCCUGUGCCUGAGUCUUAACCCCUCAUACAGGAGUUCACUGGACAGACUCUUCCAGCAGACUCCCCCCUGGUCUCCCACGUUUCCCAUAGCAACAGACUUUUUCUACUAUACACCCCUCCCACAUUGUUUCUGGUUUUGCCAGACUAUUACAGCCUGAUAGACUUUAAAGACUGGCCCAGGCCCUCUCUUAGGGGAAUGUAAUGCCUUGUUGCAACUUUGUGUGUGGAGCAACAAUAUCUAGAGAUGUAGAUUUGCAAAUUUAAUCUACUGAAUCUUUGGAUCUUUCCUUUUUUAUUUCCUUGUUGAUUUCUUGCUCAGUUAUGUGCUCAUGUAGCUGCUAUCGGGUGUGCAAUGGAAACAUUUUGUCCUUUAAAAAGGAAAAAAAAAUCCUCAAUAUUUUUUAUUUUGGAGUUUGAUAAUUUAUCAUAAGGAUAUAUUUGCUUUAGUUGCCCGCUCUCCAGAGAAUCUGGUACACUAAUACUUGAACAGAGAAGCGAGAGGAACAUUGUGGAGAUUUCUUGAAUGUUUAAAAGUGUAUAGACAGUUAAUAAUUAUUUAUAACCUAAUAUCAAUAUAUGUGCAGUCCUGUAUGUGAAAGCCCUAGUAAACCUGGAUCUUAUUUAAAUAUUCUAUUUAUUUAAAGUUUUUAACAGAAUCAGCAAUACAGUAUUAUGCAGUCACCUCAGUAUCUGAGAGGGAGAUGGCGAAUUGUGCAAUGAGAGAGCUCCUGUUUAAACAUGAGGCUCACAUGACACUAUCCACUUGUUUUUACUCAGUCAUACGCUAAGCUUGCAGAACUGGCUCGCUUGCUUCCAAAUGAAUAACCAUACAAGUCUGUUCCGACAGUUUUUUGGCGACCAGUGUACGUGAAGUUGUGUGACCAGCCUGAGUUUUAUUUUAAUUUUCUUUUUAGAUUGUGAAUGUCAUACUGUACAUUGCCUGAAAGUACACAAUCUCCACUGUCUUAAUAUUUGAAUGUUCACAGAACUUAGCUGUAGAUAUAGGAGAUGUUUGAAAUUGUCGGGAAACGUAACAGGGACUUAUAUGGUUCUUCUAAAUUUGCUGAGAUUCUUUCAUGUCAUUCUUAUUUUUUUCAUUUUUUUUUUUUUUUUUUGCCUGGACACACAUACAUUAUAGGGAGUCUGGUUUGCUCUUUUAAGGCAAAGUUGUGUGGGAGAAUAGUCCAUCUGUGGUGCAACAGUACCACAUGGAUUUUACUGAUUAAUUCUCCUUCUGGCCGUGCUUUCAUAGUGGUCAUGUAAAGGUUGUGGCAUUUGUGACAUUAUGGGAAACCAGUGUACAUAGUCGGGAAUGAAUACUGUUCCAAACUGCAGUAGAUGAUGUCAGACGUUUGCCAUUGAAAUCAACAUUUUCUUCAUUCUCUAAGUCAGCGGUUGAAUUCCGAGCAGUGCUGCACAGUAAAACUAGUUAGUUGAGUCAGGGGCAGCAGAAGUAGCUAAAAGCUGGUUGGUGGAAACCUGUAAAGGAACAAAAAAAAUAAUAAAAAAUAGUCUUAGCUUUUUGUGGUCAGGAACAGAGCUGUCCAACAGCCGGAAAGAAGGCAGAGAGAGAACCAAGAAAAACAGCAGCAUCAUAACCCAUCCUGAGUCGUCGACAGUUACAAACACACAUGCACGGACACGCACACAAACACACACAGAAUGCCUUACAGUCUGUUAACCAUGCAAGACAGAAACACCUUACAGUAGUUUAAUAAUAAAAAGUACUUUGAGUUUGAAUGCAGUCACAGGACCUAGCCAUUAGUUUGAACUGUAUGAGAAUAACCACUCAUCUACACCUGUGGGUUUUAUUACAAGGCGAGCUCAAUGAUUAAUGUCAAGGGCGAACUGGAUCUGGAGCCUUUCAGGUCACAGUGUAGUAAUGCUUCCAGGCCUUCAGGAGUAGGACAGGUGCACGCACACAUCCAGACGCACAUAUAUUCAUACAAACACACAAACACACACACACACACAUACACACUCACAGUCACCACCCCUUCUACAGAUUAUGGAGAAUAUCAGAUGCUGUUUGUUUAGCAUGUUCUACUGCUGAGCAAUGUUAGAACGUUCUUUUGUACAAAGUACAAGUAUACUUAUAAUUCUUGUAUUUUAUUUUUCUAUAAUUUCCAAAGAGAUGUCGUAGAUCUUGCACACUGUAAGAGGCAGUUACAGCGAAUAUUUAUUUGCAAAUAAAGAUGAACAGUUCUGGUG